CCCACCCAACAGCAGGCCAGCGCAAGUGAAUCACACACAACCAAGCUUUUGCCAGUGGGGGUGACUGGUUCCCGCGAUGUGUGACAAGCACGGGCUGAGGUGAUCUCGCCUGCAUAUCAACCGCUGCUCGUCGAAUCAGCAUCGGGGAUGUAGCGCUCUCCAGCACCUCCAGCACCUCCAGCACCUGCUAGCUAUUCAUCUUGUCGUUCAGCAGUGGGUUGAAUGGCUGGCUGGCUGGCUGGAUGGAUGGAGGGAGGGAGGGAGCGGGAUGGAUGGUCCUCUUGCAUUGCAUGGCAUGGCAGGCCUUGUUGCUUUUCAAACGCUACUGCCUGGGUGGUAAGUGUCCAGGUGGUGGUGGUGGUAUUGUGUAGGGCUGGCUGGCUGGCUGGCGCUUGUCUUUCUUUCUUUCUCUCUUUCUCCUUUUUCGUUUUUCUUUUUUUGGUUUGUUGGGGAUGUAUAAAGGGCUUUGUCUCUCGUCUCUCUUCUCUCGUGACUUUUGAUGUGUGUUUUUUUUUUUUUUGCUGCUGCUGCUGGUUCUGUGAUCUAGCUAUUUAUUGCUUAUUACUUGUUCGGUUGUCUACCUAUCUAUCUACUUACCUUACUUGACUACUACCUACGAUUUGAAGCUGCUUGCUCGCUCAAGGACUCCUACUCUACUCCUACAUCUAGUUAUUCUACUCUACUCUACUUACUCUCCUCUCCUCCCCUCCCA